AUGGAGAUCUUCUCCUCAUGGGCGCUCUUCAUCAUGAUUAUGCUGCUCAUUGCGGCUCUCUUCACAAGUUACAUGCUGCAGCAGAAGAAGGUUGAAGCCAUACACGAGACGGUUAUAUCGAUAUUUGCUGGUAUGACCGUCGGCCUCAUCCUCAGAGUCAGCAACGGAACCUCGAUUCAAAACUUGGUAAUCUUCAACGACCAGAUAUUCUUCAAUCUCCUCCUACCACCAAUCAUCCUUGCAUCAGGGUACGAACUGCAUCAGGCGAAUUUCUUUAGGAACAUUGGCUCCAUCUUGACUUUUGCGUUCGCCGGGACGUUCAUAUCUGCUAUUGUGCUUGGGUUGAUCUUAUGGGUGUACACUCGAAUCCCUAUUGAUGGGUUUUCAAUGACCUUCGUCGACGCCAUUUCUGUGGGAGCUACGUUGUCUGCCACCGAUCCCGUCACAAUUCUUGCCAUAUUCAACACUUACAAGGUAGAUCCGAAGCUAUAUACCGUCAUUUUUGGCGAAUCUAUACUCAACGACGCCGUUGCCAUUGUCCUGUUCGAGACCGCACAAAGAUACAAGGAGGGUGGCGCUGCUGGAACUCUCAGUUUCCUCAGUUUGAUCGAAGGUAUCGGAAUUUUCUUGGCCGUCUUCUUCGGAAGUUUGGUCAUUGGAGUGAUUGUGGGUAUCGGAACGGCUCUGGCGUUGAAAUACACAUAUGUCAGAAGAUACCCGAAGAUAGAGAGUUGUUUGAUUGUGUUGAUUGCAUAUGCUAGCUAUUUUUUCUCAAAUGGCUUGCACAUGUCCGGCAUCGUCACCCUCCUUUUCUGCGGGAUCACGCUGAAGCAUUACGCUUACUACAACAUGUCCCGCCGAACACAACUCACCACCAAAUACCUGUUCCAGGUUCUCGCCCAAUUGUCAGAGAAUUUUAUCUUCAUCUACCUGGGCCUUUCUCUUUUCACGGAGACUCAGCUACAGUUCAAGCCGUUGUUCAUCAUUGUAACGGUGAUUGGGAUCUGUGCUGCACGGUGGUGUGCAGUGUUCCCGCUUUCAAGAGCUAUCAAUUGGUUCAUCAGAUACAGAGCGAAGAGGAAGGGCAAGGAUGUUGCCGAUGAGCUACCUCAUAGUUAUCAAAUGAUGUUGUUCUGGGCUGGUCUUCGAGGAGCUGUCGGUGUUGCUCUUGCAGCCGGCAUGACCGGACCAAACUCGUGGGCGUUGAAAGCAACAGUAUUGGUAGUGGUUGUGCUUACAGUGAUCAUAUUUGGUGGCACCACAGCUCGUAUGCUUGAGAUCAUGGGGAUUCGAACAGGUGUCGUGGAGGAGAUUGAUUCAGACGACGAGUUUGAUAUUGAAGCAGUUCCGGGAGGAUCUUAUUACAAGCAUUCCGGAACAGGAAUCGGAAAUACCCCCAGCCGAAGGAGUGGCUCCAUACCCCUGAACGGUGUUGGCCGAGGACCAGAACGCGGAACAUACGUCAGCGGCAACUCCAGCCCCAACAAUAGACCCAGGAGCCUCAGUCGAAAGGGAUCAAAUGCGGAUGGCAGGAGAGAGAACGAAGCCGAGCAAGACUUGCUCCGCGCCAACUCAACGACGGAAUCAGACUUUGACAGCGAUGGGUCCGAUCUCCCCCCGGCAGCGAAACGCCCAGAGAGGAGGAGAUCCCCAGUCCACGGGGAUAAUGGCGAUAUGGGCGCUCCAUAUCCAACAUCAGGAACUGCAAGAGAGAACGACACUCCGCAGAUCACUGCUUCGGGGGCCAUCAACUCGUUGCUCCAUGGCACGGCGGAGGAUCAUGCAGCUUGGUUCAGACAGUUAGAUGAAGGAUUCAUCAAGCCGAGAUUACUUCUUGAUGGAGGCAAAGGACCGCAUGGUGGGUCUAGUGGGAGUUGA